CGGCGGGAGCGGCGGCGCCGGCGGCGCCGGGACCGGGGUCCUGAGUGGGAGGGACCGGGGACUGAGUGAGCUUGACCCGGGAGGGAUUCCUUCGACUGCUCCUUAGUGGCUCUGUCUGCCCCCGGAUCUCGGGGGUGGUGGUCGACUCCUUGUUACCAUGGCGACCCCAGCGAAUGCACAGAGCGCCAGCAAAACGUGGGAACUAAGUCUCUAUGAGCUGCAUCGGACCCCACAGGAGGCCAUCAUGGAUGGCACAGAGAUUGCUGUUUCCCCACGAUCCCUACAUUCAGAGCUCAUGUGUCCAAUCUGUCUGGACAUGCUGAAGAAUACCAUGACCACAAAGGAGUGUCUCCAUCGCUUCUGCUCUGACUGCAUUGUCACUGCGCUGCGUAGCGGGAACAAAGAGUGCCCCACUUGUAGGAAGAAGCUGGUGUCAAAGCGGUCUCUUCGGCCUGAUCCAAAUUUUGAUGCACUGAUCUCCAAAAUUUACCCAAGUCGAGAAGAAUAUGAGGCACAUCAGGAUCGUGUCCUCAUCCGCUUAAGCCGUCUGCACAACCAGCAAGCACUGAGCUCCAGCAUUGAGGAGGGGCUCCGAAUGCAGGCGAUGCACAGGGCCCAGCGUGUAAGGAGGCCAAUGCCAGAGUCAGACCAGACAACAACAAUGAGUGGUGGGGAGGGAGAGCCUGGUGAGGGAGAGGGAGAUGGGGAUGGGGAAGAUGUUAGCUCAGACUCCGCCCCAGACUCCACUCCUGGACCUGCCCCAAAGCGACAUCGAACAGGAGUUGUGGGAAGUAGCAGUGGAGGGACAGGGGGAGGGGCUGCUGGAGGUAUAGGAGGGGGAGCAGGCUCUGAGGAUUCUGGGGACCGGGGUGCCCCCCUGGGUGGGGGGACCCUGGGUCCACCAAGCCCACCUGGGGCCCCCAGUCCUCCUGAGCCUGGAGGAGAGAUCGAGCUUGUGUUCCGGCCUCAUCCUCUGCUGGUCGAAAAAGGAGAAUACAGUCAGACUAGAUAUGUGAAGACAACGGGAAAUGCCACAGUUGACCACCUUUCCAAGUACUUGGCUCUAAGGAUUGCACUUGAGCGGAGGCAGCAACAAGAGGCUGGGGAACCUGGGGCACCAGGUGGAGGAGUCCCAGAAGCUGGAGGACCUGAGGGAGGUGGGGGGGAGGCACCAGGAACUGGAGGAACCGAUGGGCCAGAGGAGCCAGCCUUGCCUAGCCUGGAGGGUGUCAGUGAGAAGCAGUAUACCAUCUACAUCGCACCUGGGGGAGGAGCUUUCACGACCCUGAAUGGCUCACUGACCCUGGAGUUGGUGAACGAGAAGUUCUGGAAGGUGUCCAGACCCCUGGAGCUGUGCUAUGCCCCCACUAAGGACCCCAAGUGACCCAAGGGGAUGGGGGUCAUAGGGCUUCUGUGUGUAUGUCCUAGCUCCGCCUCCAGGUCUGUGUUCCCCCCACCUCCCCCCCCCUUACCCUGCCCGGCGGGCCGGCGAGAGGACACCGAUGAGGACAAGUGGCUUUUAUACAAAGUGUCUAUAUCAGAUUCUUCUAUAUUGUACAGAGUGGGGUGUGCGCCCCCAACUCCUUCCUUUUCUACUCACCAGUCACCUCCCUUCUGUAACGGGGAUGUUGUGGAGGGAAGAAAACCUCCCCUUCCCCUAACAACAACGCAUUUGCUUUUUUUCUUUCAAA